AUGCCGUCGCCGAGCCACGAUGUACCGGACCUGGUGUUCCGUGGCUCGGAGGAGCGCCGUCGCGAGCUCGGGUUGAGCCGUCGGAUGCUCGGCCUCCUCAUUCUGCUCGUCGUCAACGUGUUGUGGGUGCUGUCCUCCGAACUUCUUCGGUAUAUCUUCAUCGAGGAGCACUUCCGCCGCCCGUUCUUCGUGUCGUGGCUGAAGAACUGCAUGCUGUCCGUCUACAUCCUCCGCUACCUCCUCAAGAAGCCUGGCGAGCCGCCCACCGAGAAGUCCUACAAAAUCCUUCUCGAGGAUCUGGACUUGGGUGAAUCGUUGAGCGUCGAAGGGUUCGAAACGAUGACGUCUUCUGAUAACGAGUCGACGCUGGAGGAGACUCGACAACGAACAAUUCGAUUCGCCGAGCAGAGAGAGGUCCGUCGAAUGCCUGAUCGAGAAGCGGACGCGGCUCGGCACGCGCGACGGCCCUAUGAUCCGACAGAGUGCACGAUUUCGUGCUCAUGGACGAUUCAACGGCAUAUUCGAUGGACGCUCCUCUUCUUCGCGCCAAUGUGGCUCGUCUGCUCGUUCACCUUCCAAACGGCGCUCGCCUUCACGUCGGUGGCCGAUCUGAACUUGAUCUCGUCCUCUUCCUCCCUGUUCGUGCUCGUUUUUGCCGUUUGCAUCCCGGUUGAGGGGCAGCGCUUCACCCUAACAAAGGCGAUCCUCGUGGCUCUGAACCUCUGCGGCGUGGCCCUGAUCUCUGCAGUCUGCUACGCGCUCUAUCUGACCGCCUACGCCCGCUAUCAAUCGCUCUACGGAACGCUGGACAUUGACUUGAUGUUUGGUUCAAUUGGACUGCUCGCCGUCCUCGUCGGCACGCCGAUGCUGUUCGUCGUCGACGCGGCCAAGUUGGAGAGCCUCUACCCGCUGCCCAAUCAACUUCAAGCCGGCUCGACGCUGUUGGCCGGAGCGUUUGGUACGAUGCUGGCCGACUACCUGUGGCUGCUCGGCGCCGGGAUGACGGAUUCUCUAUCGGCCUCCCUCUCGAUGACCCUCUCGAUCCCGUUCUCCUUUUUGGCGGAUGCAGGGCUUCGAGGCCGAAUCCCGACGGCGAUUGAGCUGAUCGCGGCCUGCCCGAUCACGAUCUCCUUCAUCGGCGCCGCGCUGUUAGAAGGGAAACGCGACACGUCGCGAUUGGUGCGCACCGACCGUGACGGCGACACCCAGGAGCUGCUCAUCGACACCGACACCGACGAGGGUGCCCUG